ACACGCAAACAGGGUAUUGGUCACUCAAUUUUUCCUCUUUAAAAAAACGGCUCAUCAUCUGUUCAUCACUUCCAAAAUAAAUGUGGUGGUGCAAAGGGAGGGGUUUAGCAUCAAGUGGUAGGCCUAUGUAGCGGCCUGGCUGAGGCUGAGGCUGAGGAGGGCCCCAUGCGUUAGAUCAUUGGUACCGAGUACAAUAUUACAGAGUCCUUGUUGGGCGAACCGCUAGCGCAAACUGUGGCGCAAGCGCAUAUAGAGAACCACAUGUUAGCUAGCUGCGCAAUAUUCAUCUCACUUUGACAUUUUGACCAAGGUCUGACUGAACUUAUCUUGAAUAAUUGCACAUGCGAUGAUUAAAAUCUUAGAUAUUUGAGAGGGAAUCAUUUUGUGAGGCUUUACCCGAGUUUUAUUUAACUUGAAAUAGUUUAUAACAACAAGAUGUCAGAAGACUGGAAUGCCCCUUCGUCGUCGGGUGGUACCAGCUUUGAAAAGAAAAGUUAUGGUGGAUCAAGUUCAGGUUUUGGAGCCAAAGCAAAUGGAUUUGGCAUUGGUGUGGGUCGAGGCCGAGGAAGGGGUCGCGGAUUCCAAUCCUUCGGAGAGCAAGGUGGUGUUGGUGGUCUAACCAACGGUACGACUAACGGUACCAGUAAUGGAGGAGAUAGUGGUUGGAACGAUGCCCCUUCUAAUGAUACCAGUAGCAGUCCUUGGGAUGAAAGCAGUAGUAGUGGAGCCGGCAAGCGCAGCUUUGAGAGCAAGAGUAGCUUUGGUGGUGGUGGAGGAGGAGGACGAGGUGGUCGAGAUAGAGGUGGACGUAGUUUUGGAGAUUCUGAAAAUGGAGGAGGACGUAGUUUCGGCAGACGUGAGGGAGGUGGUGGUGGUGGUAGCAGUGGUGGUGACAGAGCUUGUUAUAAUUGCGGAGAAACAGGUCACAUGUCAAGAGAAUGUCCUACAAAAGAAUCAGGUGGAGGCGGUGGUGACAGAGCUUGUUAUAGUUGCGGUGAAACGGGUCACAUGUCGAGAGAUUGUCCUACAAAAUCAUCAGGUGGAGGUGGUGGUGACAGAGCUUGUUAUAAUUGCGGUGAAACUGGUCACAUGUCAAGAGAAUGUCCUACAAAAGCAUCAGGUGGAGGUGGUGGUGACAGAGCUUGUUAUAAUUGCGGAGAAACAGGUCACAUGUCAAGAGAAUGUCCUACAAAAGAAUCAGGUGGUGGAGGUGGCGGUGGCGGUGGUGGGAAUUGCUUUAGAUGUGGAGAAUCAGGCCACUUCGCCAAGGAGUGCCCCAAUCCAGAUACAAGAACUGAAGGUGAAGGUGGAGAAGCCAAGCCACCUGCGUCCACCUAUGUCCCUCCUCCCCCUUCCGAAGAAGAAGAACAGAUAUACAUGAGCACACAGCAGGGUAUCAACUUCAACAGGUAUGAUGAUAUCCCGGUAGAAGUCAGCGGUCGGGACGGGCCCAAAAAUAUACGAUCAUUCGAGGAGGCGGGGCUAGACGAGACGGUGUUGGAAAACGUACGCAAGGCCCGUUAUGCCAAGCCAACACCUGUACAGAAGUACGCUAUACCCAUCAUCGGCGCUGGUCUUGAUCUCAUGGCAUGCGCCCAAACGGGUUCCGGGAAGACGGCGGCCUUCCUCCUCCCUAUCAUCACCAACAUGAUCACUCAAUUGGGCUGCGUCAGUUGCUUCAGCGUGGUUCAAGAACCCCUCGCACUCAUCGUGUCGCCUACCCGCGAGCUUGCCAGCCAGAUCCAGAGCGAGGCACGCAAGUUCUGCCGCAACACUAGCCUGCGACCCGUGGUGAUUUACGGCGGCACCAGCGUUGCGCAUCAGACCAGGGAAGUUCAGAAUGGAUGUUCAAUCCUCGUCGCAACACCUGGACGUAUGCAUGAUUUCAUUGGCAGAGGACAUAUUGGCCUAGGUAAACUGAAGUAUCUGAUCCUUGACGAGGCAGACCGCAUGGUGGACAUGGGCUUUGGUCCCGAGAUCCAGAAGCUCAUUGACCACCCGCACAUGCCUCCCAAGGGUGAGCGUCAAACCCUGAUGUUCAGUGCCACCUUCCCCCCUGAGAUCCAGGAGAAGGCUGGGAUGUACCUCAACGACUAUCUCUUCUUGACUGUCGGCAGGGUGGGAGGAGCUGCCUCUGACAUCGAGCAGAGGGUACUCUCCGUCAAGCAGUUUGAGAAGCGGGAGAAGCUGAUGGAGAUCCUCAGGGAUCAGAACGAGGAUGAUCGUACCUUGGUGUUUGUUGAGAUGAAGAGGAAUGCUGAUUUCUUGGCUACUCUUCUAAGUCAGUCUGACUUCCAUGCUACAAGUAUACAUGGUGACCGUCAACAGCAGGAGCGUGAAGAAGCUUUGCGAGAAUUCAAGAUCGGCCGUGCACCAAUCCUCGUUGCUACAUCAGUUGCUGCCAGAGGUCUCGACAUCCCAAAGGUCAAGCAUGUUGUCAACUAUGACCUGCCUAAGGAGAUUGACGAGUAUGUGCAUCGUAUUGGGCGUACCGGUCGUGUUGGAAACACUGGAAGAUCGACUAGCUUCUAUGAUGCUGAGAAGGAUUCUAACAUUGCCAGGGCUCUUAUCAAGAUCUUGGCUGAUGCUUCUCAAGAUGUACCCGAGUUCCUAGAGGAGGCAGCUGAAUCAGCUCUCGGAACAUACUAUGGUAAUGCUGGUGGAAGCUUCGGAGGCCGUGACACCAGAAAGUUUGGUGGACGUGGUGGAGGAGGAGGAGGAGGAGGCAGGGGCGGCAGUAGUUUUGGUGGUAACUCCGGUGGAGAUGAGUGGGGAUCUGGAGGAGGAGGAGACGGAGGAACUGUGGAUGAAUCAUGGGAUUAGGUUGCCAUGGUGAUCAGAGGAUUAUCUGCCAAGUUUGGUAAAUGCGAUGAUCAGGAGGAGACAUUCAAAUGAGAUUCUUUCCCAAAGAGGACAUUUAUUCAGAAACAUUUGUGUUAAGCAGUGAUGUGAAAGAGAACAAUUCAUUUGGACAUGUUCGAUCCUGAAAGGGCAGCCACCAGCCAAAAUCAGAAAAUGUAAAGCAAGGAGGAUUAGAGCUCUUUUGUUUGGAAUAUUGCUUAAGAAUAUUCCCCCAGACUUGUUCAUGAAAAAGGAUGUAAGCAAAUCUUUCUACAAGUACAAAACUUGUAUCAUGUGUUUGUGCCUCUGCACUGUUUAUUAGUGUUUCAUCGUUGACAGUUUUGUCCAUUUUUUUUUAAAUUUGUAUGACGGCCCAUAUGUUGGUGAGUGAUGGAGGGAAAACACCAUGGCAUGGACGUAUUGCAUUUAUUUGAUUUUUUUUUAAGUUGAUUUUUUACAGUAGUAGAGAUGAUUUAUCUAAUAAGGAUAACAAUUAGAAUGUGUUGAAACCAGUUGUUGGAAUAAGGAGGCAUGUACAGAAUAAGGCUUUUGAAAGCAGUUACAGCUAGAAUAUGAAAUUCAUGAAGUUUUCGUAGUCUUUACUACUGAUCUAUGGAAUACAGCUCAUAUAGUGUAUUAUUACCAUCGUUGACAGUCAUUGAAAUUGGCAAUAGUAUUUGCUACAUGUAGUAAAUUCAAUAGCAAGAAGCUAGAUAUACAGAUGAUAUUAAGAAAUAUACACAAGGAGAAAGAGGUUGACCCUGUCGUAGACUAUGCAUGCUGACAUCAAUCAUUGGAUAUCAACGCAUAUGCGAUAUAUCUUGUAAGAAGUGCAUUAUGUUUCAUCAUAAGUAUAACCUUGAUAUUUGUAUUCUUUAUAAGUACCAAAUUGCCAUUAGUUUCAUCACUUUCAUAUAAGUAUUAACACUACAGUUUAUUAACAUUUUCAUUAGAUUAGUAUAGAACAGUCAGAUGAUCAUUGAUUAUAACCUUUCAUAUUGUUUAAUUCUUAUGUUUAUAAAUCAUGUUACAUUAUUUUUAUAUGACACUAGGGUAGAUUCUUGUUAUGUUUUUAUGUUACCCAUAUUGUUUGUCCUCUAAAUGUACCAUUUAGAGUCACGACAAAAGUACAAUGAGAAACGGGAAGUGACCGUUAAAAUGCGUCAGAGGAUUAGACUGGUCAGUGCACUUAGGUUGCUGACUGAUCAACAAAAGACCAAAGAAAAAAAAGAUAGAUUGACUAGAAGCAAAGGGAAUGAAGCCCAAACCACCACCACGGUUGUAUUAAAAUGAAAUCCGUCCAAACCUAGGAAGUAUGCGUGUUUUGGAAAAUAACCAGGGGAUUCCCCAAAUGAGUACAUCAUUUGUGAUUGGGCAGUUCUUUUGUAACCCUUGUUGAUUAGUAGAGUGGUUAUGGAAGAACUGGAGGAAACUUGUUGGUAAGGCCAUAGGCCAUUCUGUUUUCUCUAAAUGUUUAUGACUAGAGAUUGCAAUACCAGUGAGUUUUCAAACUUGAUGUAGGUACUUGGGCAGUAGAAAUUGAGUGCAUAGUGUGUUACAAGUCCAUAGUGACGUCAAUUUCUGACUCCUUGCUCCUACCGUUUUCAUUUUGAAAACUUUUUCGUCAGUUCUCCAAGCCCAAUUUGAGAGGCAGAAAGGUAUUGUUGAGAUUACUGCCUUUCUGCUUCUCAAAAGAUGCCUUCAAAUGAGGAACACAUCAAAUACUUUCUUAGGUUACCUUGAAUCCAGUCUUUCCACAGAGACUCAGUGGAGCAACUGGAAAUGCCAAUGCCUUGUCUUCCUUAGUGCGACUUCCUCUGGAAUCGUCAAUGUGUUUGUUCGUCAAAGUACCUCCUCUACAUUGCCAAUUGUUUUUCUCUUAAGUGCCAUAUGUGGAUUGGCCAUUAAGCAGCUGCAGCUAUGUCCUCUUCACAUUGGAUAUUGUCUCCGUAAUGUGUGAAGCAGUGUAUCAGGUUCUCUGGGUAUAUACAUGAUCUUGGUUGAUUUCCACCAAAAAAAAAAUCAUGCUUUGCUUGGACAGUAUUGUAGUUAGUCCUGGAAAUGACAUAAUCCUUUGAAGUGAAUCAUAUGACUUGUGUUGAGCGGUGAUAUCAUGGGUAAUUAGAUUUGUAAUGGUGACUGUCCCAAACAAUAUUUGCCUGUGACUUAAAUUUUUCUGUACUCCUACAAUGUUCUAGAUUAGUAGAUUCUCAAAUGGAGGUGUUCUGACACUUUCUUAGGUUAGGGGCUCCAUACCAUUCCUUUCAGGAUAAGAGUUUAUGGGGAUGUUCUUGUGGUUUAUGCAACUCAGCCAUUCCUUCUUCGAUAUCUCAGGGAAAUAUGAAGUAGUGGUAACUUUAACUUUUCAUAAUCAACCAAUGUAUUCAUUAUGCAUAGAUGUUCGCAUUGGCAGUCUCAACCAUUCAUUGAAUAAAGGCUUUCAAUUUCCUCAUCUUUAGAACUGUCUGUGUCCAUGAUGCAGACUUCGUAUUAACCUGUCCUUGCGCUUUAUACAUUAUUUUUGUUUUGUUGUACUUCCAUAAUACCCUUCACAGGUUUGUGGAUCUUGUAUGUUUGCUGGUGUUGGCCAGAAGAGAAACGUACACCUCAUCCUUGUGGAUUUCUCAGCAAUGGAUGUUAGAUUCGUACGUACCAUCUUCCUGGCCAUUUUCACUUGAUCUUUUCAUUGUGCAUCAUUAGAGUCUUGGAAUUAUAACAUAGUUUGAAUCUGGAUUGUGUUACUUCCUCUAGAUUGCUGGAGUUUCAGUGUGGCAUCAUGGACUGUAAUGUAACAGGAUUUCAGGUGUUCUGCAAAGAGGAAAGUGAUCAAGUCUCUUGCUUCUGGGAAUAAGUUGCUAUGUGGAAGCAGAAUUUCUGAGAUACUUACACAAUGAAAAGAAGUCUUAAGUGUGCUAUUGUAUUGUAACAGUACUUGCCUUUAUGGUUAUAAGGCUGAAUAUAGUCAUAACAUUUUUGUUCCUAAGUGCCAAAUAAUUAGUAGAUAAAUACUUUGAAAAAGAGGGGUUAAUUAAGCUAAGGCUUUCCUGGUAAGAAUCAGCUCCUUGCUUUCUUUUGGGGAAGAACGAGGGUGUAUAUUUUCAUGGGUUAAAUGGUUUUACCUUGACAGCAUUUGCAGUUAAGGUUUCACCAAUGAGGGACAUGUAAUCCCAGUUCAUUGGAAUUAGUGGAGGAAUUAGUGGAGUUCUUCAAUGUUAUCCUUGAGUUCCAAUUAUUUUAUUUCAACAAUAUCCAACCAGUUAGUCCAUUGAUAUGUGGCAUUCGAAAGAACAAAAAAUUUGUGUAGGUGUACACAAGAAGUGAUGGAACAUCAUAAGAUGUUUCCUUGAAAUCGUUUGGUGGAUGACAUGAAUCUUACGAAAGGCGCAUGUUAUCCUGCAGAUCAAAUUCCACUUUAAUCUUUGGAACUCUUGGCCAGUCACACUGUGACAGAGGUGUCAGUCUUCAGACUUUGAUAUCAUUGAAACCUUGCUACUUUUCAUGCCCAUUUGAGUCAAACUGAUGGGCACGCCUGCUGCAAGCAAUCGAAGAAAGAAAACUAAAUCGUUAUUUGGUUUCUGUGGUGUAUCAUGCACCUGCAUUGAAAAUACUUUGGUGUCUUGUAGCUUGUAGUAGAGGUUAUCUUGUUGUUAUGGCGAAAUCUGUUCGAACACCUGAGGAUGGAAUUGUAUUUUGAAUCAACACCUUCUGCGAGAGCAUAGGUCCUUUUAUAUCUCUGGGGUUUUAAGUUAAUAGAGAUAACAUUGGUUGUUGGCUCUCUUUGUGAAGACGGUUAGUUCUUGUUGGUAUCAUCCAGAAGAUACCUUUACAUUUCGGGAGGAUGAACAAGAGGUCGAGUUGAAGGAACGCUGUUAUUGAUGAAAGAAACUGCAUGGUACCACUUGUUUAAGUCUAGAGGAUUCAGAGACUUGGUUUUAGAAGAUCCUGGACCUGACAUGUGAAGUCGGGUCUGGGAAGAGAAACUGUCAACUAGAAAAAGGCAGCAGCCCAAGUGUAGGGGUCUUGGUCAUCAGAGAUGAAUUGGAAAUUAACAUUAUUUGCUAGAUUUUGGCCAUGGAGGAUCCUGGACCUGACAUGUGAAGUCGGGUCUGUGAAAAGGCAGCAGUCCAAGUCUAGGAUGAAUUUGAAAGGAAUAUCCGUGGACAAUCCUGGACCUGACAUGGUGAAGUCGGGUCUGGAAGAAGGAAGCAUCAUCAUAAAAAGGCAGCAUGUAUAGGACGGUCUGAAGAAACCCCCUCGUCUCAUUCUUGCCCAUGGGCCUACCACAGUAUGGAGGGGCAGGGGGUCAGGAGUGGUGGAAAUUCUUCCGGUAAUUUCAAUUUGGAAGAAUUUACAGAAAAUGGGCUAGAAGUAGUGGAAACCUGUGCUAAUUAAAAGAUUAGCUUACCCUCGUGUGGAGGAAACAUCCAUACUGGACGCAAUUUCUCCUCGUGAAUGAACAAAUUGAAACGCGAGGGUCUGUAUAAUGAAAAAGUAUCUGCCGAAGUUAUUCAUUUAGCAGUUUGUGUUAUGCAAAGAACGUGAAAAGUACUGUGUGUUAGUCGGAAACAUGGAUUAGUAAAAUGGUCUUAUGGUAAAGGGAAUUGACAUUAUUACCAGUUUAUCGAUCCUUGGCAGGUAGAAGAUGGUAGGGAAUCUAAAGCAGCUGAACAAUUGCCUACGGUACUUUACCGAAAGUGUGAGCAGGGUCUUCAUGCUGGAAUCCUGCCAGUGCCUUUUAUAGCCGGAUGGAAAGGCACCAAGCUUCUUUCACAGUGACUUUGGUCGAUGAUGAAUGAGAGCAUUGAUGAGUAAGGAUUCCCUGUAAAAGAUUUUGGUAGAGUGCCUAGGUACAUGUAGGUCAUAAGCAGAUCAGAGUUGAUUGUCAAAUCAAAUGAUUUAAUGAGAUAGACGCAUAUUCUUUACUUUAGUGGAUAUUAGUUACUCUUGUAUCAUUCCAGUUUAUCCUAAAGAGUAAUUUGCCUCUAAAAGUUUUGUCAGAAAAAAAGAUGUAAUUUGAACCUAUAAGCCUGUAUACUGUGAUUUGGUUCGCAUCGCGUUGAUGAGUUGUCAAAAGUUUUGACAUAAAAUAAAUAGAAAUGCAUUUGCAUUGAAUAAA